UAGACGAAAUGGUUGACAUGUACACGACCACACUACCCAAUAAAAAUUGGAGACCACACAUAAUCGUACGUGUCCCAGAUCCAAUUUCGCCGAAAAUUCGGCGGCUCCCCCCUUUUUCCAAAAUAGUAUAGGGGUUAAAUGAAUUGGGCACGUAAAUUUAAUUGGAUGAGGGAUUUUCACCGUAAUUGUAGUUUGUUAUGAAAAAGUAUAUAAGCUGAAUAAAAUUCCCUUUAUAAAAUUUAAUCUAAACUUAAUUAUUUUACUCUUGUAUUGUAUCUCAUCACACACGUGUAAGAAAUAACACAUCACAUCACAAGAUGGCUCCAAUUCAACAACAACCUAAAUUAGAAACCAAAUUCUCCCCAAUCCAAUUCAAUUCUGAUAAAAUCAGAUCUGAUGGUGAUAAUUUAUAUACUAAAUUUACUUAUGAAAAUUCUGUUGUUGAAACUGAUGCUAAUGGUAAACAAACUGUUACUCCAACUGCUAUUGAUUAUGAAUUUAAAUUAGACUUAAAAGCUCCAAAGACUGGUUUACUUUUAGUCGGUUUAGGUGGUAAUAAUGGUUCUACUUUAGUUUCUGCUAUCACUGCUAACAAACAUAAUAUCAGUUUCCAAAACAAGGAAGGUGUUGUUAAACCAAAUUAUUAUGGUUCAGUUACUCAAUCUUCUACUAUUAAAAUUGGUAUUGAUAAGGACACUGGUAAGGAUGUUUACACUCCUUUCAACUCCAUUGUUCCUUUAGUUAAUCCAAAUGAUUUUGUUGUCAGUGGUUGGGAUAUUAAUUCUUUAACUUUAGACAAGGCUAUGGAAAGAGCUAAAGUCUUAGAUUAUGAUUUACAAAGACAAUUAAUCCCACACUUAAAGGAAUAUAAACCAUUAAAAUCUGUUUACUACCCAGAUUUUAUUGCUUUAAACCAAAAGGAAAGAGCUGAUAACAUUUUCAAUGUUGACAAAGAAGGUAAUGUUGUUACUAACAAUAAAUGGGCUGAUGUUGAAAGAAUUAGACAAGAUAUUAGAGAUUUCAAAAAGAACAACGAUUUAGAUAAAGUCAUUGUUUUAUGGACUGCUAACACUGAAAGAUAUGCUGAUGUUUUAGCCAACGUUAAUGACAACUCUGAAAACUUGUUGAAAUCUAUUAAGGAAAACCAUGAUGAAAUUGCUCCAUCAACCAUUUUCGCUGUUGCUUCUAUCUUAGAAAAUGUUCCUUAUAUUAAUGGUUCUCCACAAAACACUUUUGUUCCAGGUGUUAUUGAAUUAGCUGAAAAAUACAACUCUUUCAUUGGUGGUGAUGAUUUCAAAUCUGGUCAAACCAAGAUUAAAUCUGUCUUAGCUCAAUUCUUAGUUGAUGCCGGUAUUAGACCAGUUUCUAUUGCUUCUUACAACCAUUUAGGUAACAAUGAUGGUUACAACUUAUCUGCUCCAAAACAAUUCAGAUCUAAGGAAAUCUCUAAACAAUCUGUUGUUGAUGAUAUGAUUGAAUCUAAUCAAAUCUUAUACAACAAAGAAAAGGGUACUACCGUUGAUCAUUGUAUUGUUAUUAAAUAUGUCCCAGCUGUUGGAGACUCUAAAGUUGCUAUGGAUGAAUAUUAUUCUGAAUUAAUGUUAGGUGGUCACAAUAAGAUUUCUAUUCAUAAUGUUUGUGAAGAUUCUCUUUUAGCUACUCCAUUAAUUAUUGAUUUAGUUGUUGUUACUGAAUUCUUACAAAGAGUUCAAUAUAAGAAGGUUGAAGAAAGUGAUGAAAAAUACCAAGAUUUCUAUGCUGUUUUAACUUUAUUAUCUUAUUGGUUAAAGGCUCCAUUAUCUAAACCAGGUUAUCAAGCUAUUAAUGGUUUAAAUAAACAAAGACAAGCUUUAGAAAACUUGUUAAGAUUAUUGGUUGGGUUACCUGUUAAUAACGAAUUAAGAUUCGAAGAAAGAUUAUUGGUUUAGAAGGAAGGAAAUCGUGUACGUACUUAGUUAAUUUAAAUACCUGUUUUUGUAAAAAAUCAUUGAUUGAUUUUAACUUAAUAUAAUAU